AUGAAAAUAAACAAAUUAUUGAUAUAUCUGUUUAUUAUAAUUAACGUAUGCAAAACGAAUAAUGAUGGAGAAAAGAAAGAAAAAAAGAUACUUUCUUUAGACCUGGACGAUUUUGAAGAACUUUUAAAUGAUGAUAAAAUAUUUACCUUUUUAAUUGUUUACACACAUUGGUGUCAUAAAUCACGUUUGGUGCUUGAAAAUGUGGACAAGAUGUCGAACCUUUUAAAAUAUGAUAAUAAUUUAAAAAUAGCUAAAAUUAAUGCAGCUGUAAAUAGUGGAAUCAUAGAACGGCUAAAUGUUUAUAGUUACCCAUCUCUAUUUAUGAUUAAGAAAAAUGAAAUACAUAAAUACAAAGGAACACCCAGUAUUAAAGAUACAUUAUUAUGGAUUUAUAAAUACCUAGACGAUAGCGUAUAUAUAAUUAAUAAUAAUAAUAAACUGGACAUGUUCUUAGAAUUAGAAGAAUAUAAUAACUCUAUUUUAUUUUUUGUCAGUAGAAAAGAAAAUAAUAUAAAAUUAGUUAAAGAGUUAGUUGAUAUUUGUACCUCAACAGGCAAAUCUUUUUGUUUUUCCAUUAUAAAUCCAACGAUCAUUUCUUAUUUUGAAAAUCAAAUAGUGUCAGAAAAAUAUCAUUUUAACUAUGAAGAAGUACAAAAUAAAGAUAUAUAUGGAAUUUUAUUUAAACGUGAUGAUUUUAUUCAAUAUUUUUAUUUAAUGGAUGAAAGUUUAAGCUUAUUAUAUGAUUCUAAUUACACAUCAGAAGAAAAAAAACAGAAAUUAUCAGAGUGGAUUGAGAAAAAAAUUGAACCAUUAGUUAUAAAAUUCCAUGAAUAUUAUUUUCCUCUAUUUUUCUCAAAUAACAGUGUUACAUUUUUUAUACUAUAUAAAGAUAUAAAUAAAUUAAACAAAAUGGAUAUCAUUAAAUGUGCAAAGAAAUAUCAAAAUAUUACCUUUUCCAUAUGUGGAAGUACUGAAAUAUAUGAAAAAAGACUCCUAAAUGAGUUGCUUAUAGAGAAUAUAAAAAACCCGGUUAUGAGAAUUACCGAAUUUAAAAAUCAUAAUACAAUUCCCUACAAAUAUGUGCCCCUCAAUGACAAUAUCGAGAUAAAUGAAAAGAACAUUGAUGAAUUUAUCAAAGGCUAUCUAACAAAUAAAAAAUAUUUCUACAGAAAAAGCGAACGUCCACUACCAGACGAAUUCAACAAUGGAUAUGUAAAAAUAAUAGUAGCGGAUACGUAUGAUGAAUACGUAUUUGAUAGCAAUAAGAAUGUUGUCGUGUUAUUUUACGCACCCUGGUGUGGUCACUGCUACAAAUUUGAGCCAGUGUAUAGGGAAAUUGGAAAGAGGCUUAAGUUGUAUGGGAGAAAAUACAAAAACUAUCAUAAUGAUAUUGUUAUAAGCAAAAUAGACGCUGUGAAUAACGAGAUAUAUGACGUCACCAUCGAGGGAUAUCCUACCAUUCUACUGUAUACAAAAACGAAUAAAAAGGAACCUAUAAAAUACUCUGGCCCAAGGACAGUAGAGCACAUUAUUUUUUGGAUUUGCGAAAAGACAAAUACUGAUAUAAACAUACAGGAAUUACUUACCAUCGAUUUGGAUGAUGAGCAACUUUUCGAAAAAUAUGAAGAACUCUGA